ACGUCGCUCGCCAAACGCAUCGCAUUGCUUGGAGAGCUUUCGUUUCGCUUCGGUUCCGGUUUCUCUGUUUAUCACAAACCAAAUAUUCUGACGUAGUUAGCCAAAAACAAAUAUUCAUAUAAACAAACAAACAGUGACAAUAUAAUUGCGACUUUAUUGUGUUGUUUUAAGUGCGUGCAGCUAUUGUCUUGAGCAAUUAUAAUUAUUGUUAUUACGACCACGAGUACGAGUGCUUGCCUGGUCAGAUGCGACUCUAUUUGGGUUGAAAAAGUUAAAGCAUCAAAUUGAAUAUAAUUACACUCAAAAUAUGCAACAGGCUGACCAAAUAGACAACAACAACAGCUAUACGCAACUGUAGAAAGUUUUUUAUUGUUAUUAUUUUAAGACACCUCCCCCCAUUAAGCCAACAAACGCCAAAGUCAAAGCCAAAAACCGAAAAAAAAACCGAAGCAUCAACUAAAGUUUUUUUUGCGUGUGAAACAAAAACAACUAAACCGACGAAAAAGAAAUUCAAGUUUGUGUGUGUGUGAGAGUGUUCAUAACAUACUAAAUUGGCAACAUUUUAAAAACUUUGGUUAAAAUAAAUAAAUAAAAUAUAAUGUCUGGUCCACUGCCCGAAAUCAGCGCUGAGCAGCGCCAAACUUUGGAACAGUUCCGCAAGCAGAUGGCAAGUGAGCUGAACGACACCCAUGAUGAUUAUUUUUUGCUGCGCUGGUUGCGAGCUCGCAAAUGGAACUUGGAUGCGGCAGAGAAAAUGCUCAAAGCGAGUCUCAAAACUCGCGCCAUGUGGAAUGUGGAUCACAUAGAGAAAUGGGAUGCUCCGCAGGCAUUGCGGGAAUAUCUGCCAUAUGGACUCAUAGGCUUUGACAAUGAAGGCUCACCAGUGAUUGUUUGUCCCUUCCACAAUUUCGAUAUGUGGGGCAUGAUGCACUGCGUCACGCGCUUUGAGUUCCAAAAGUAUCUCGUCUUGUUGCUUGAGAAAUUCAUGAAGGUUGCCUAUCAACAGAGUCUGGAGCAUGGAUGGAAGGCACGUCAGCUCGUCGUCUUCUUCGACUGUGAAUCGCUGAACCUUAAACAAUACGCCUGGCGUCCAGCUGCGGAAUGUGUAAUCUCUUCCAUUAAGCAGUACGAGGCCAAUUUCCCAGAGUUGCUUAAAAGUUGUUAUUUAAUUAAUGCACCCAAGUUGUUCUCGGUGGCAUUUAAUAUUGUAAAGAAGUUCCUCGAUGAGAACACGACCAGCAAGAUUCACAUCUACAAAUCGGGUGUGGACAAGUGGCAACAACAGCUCUUCUCCCAUGUGGAUCCCAAGAUAUUUCCCAAAUGCUGGGGUGGUGAAUUGGUGGACAAACUAGGGGAUCCACAGUGCAAAUCCCUUAUGAUCUGGGGUGGUAAACUGCCCGAGGAUUUGUAUAUUGAUCAGAGUAAUCAGCAGAGUGAUAAGAACUUUACCGACGUUCAGAUUUCCAAGGGCGACAAGCUGAAACUUAAUUUUAAGGUCAACAACCAACUGGAUAACGAACACCAGCCUCAGCAGCAGUUGUUGUCCUGGAACUUCCGCACCCUCGACUAUGACAUCAAGUUUGGCAUCUACAGCGUCGACGAGAAAACGGGCGAGAAACGCAGCGAGGUUCCACUGGGCACAGUCUACUCCAAUGAAAUGGACGAAGCUGGCUUCAUUUCCACCCGACCUAAUACAACCUACACCGUUGUCUUUGACAACUCUGCUAGCUAUUUGAAAUCCAAGAAGCUGCGCUAUUGGGUUGAUCUCAUCACCGAGGAGGAAGAGGGCAUCAGCGAGCUGACUGCUCAAAUGGAUAGCACGGAAAUUGUGGGCAAGCAAUGAUUGAUAGCUGAUGGAAGAAGCAGCAACAACAAAGCCAAAAAAACAGAUUGAAGAGUUAUCAAAAGACCCUUGCAAAAGAAUGGUUUAAAUAUUGCUGUCUCAAUAAUAUAAUAGUUAUAGAUAACUUCAACUUCUACACAUUCAUAAUCCACAUCUGAGCAAGGGUAUAAACCAUAGGCACAACCUUAUAAACUAACCUCGGUGCAAGUAGUCACAUUAGCAUAUAAACUUUGUGAUAAAUGAGUAAUGAAAAGGGGAAUGAAAAGGAAAGCGUUUACAGUAGUUAUCUUUACAGUUAGUUAGUGCUUUAUUAUGUGUAUCUAUCUUUUGUACAAUAGUUGUUUAUUGUAAUGUAUAUUCUGGAUUUAGAUA